AUGUUUAAGCAUAUUGCCUUUGGCCUACUGGCCGCUCAAAGCGUCGCUAGUUUGCGUUUCGCUAUGUAUAUCGACCAAUAUCAUACCGCUGGUCUCCCCGGUACAGAAAGAACCGAGGGAAUAGACCAUGCCAUCAUGGCCUUUGCCCCAUCAGAGCUCUUUGACCAAGACUCUCCACCAGCCUUCACUCCAUACGAGUCGACUCAAACCGCGCGCUCGCGCUACGGCCCAAACACCAAGCUGAUGAUUGCACUUGGCGGAUGGGGUGAUGAGGCAGGAUUUUCCUCCGCGGCGAAAGAUGAUUCGACUCGCAAGCGGUACGCCAAGAACGUUGCGUCGAUGCUUGAUGCAAAUGGUUUUGAUGGCGUUGAUAUCGACUGGGAGUACCCCGGUGGCAACGGCCAGGACUACAAGCAAGUCCCGAACUCGGACAAAGUCUCUGAAAUCGAAACAUACCCUCUUUUCCUCGCUGCUGUGCGCGAGGCCAUCGGUAACAAGACACUUUCCAUCGCUGUUCCCGGUCGCAAGCAGGAUCUCAUCGCGUUCACUAACGAGACCGGCCCUAAGAUCUGGGAGUCUGUUGAUAUGGUCAAUGUCAUGAGCUACGAUCUCAUGAACCGUCGUGACCCCGUUACCAAUCACCACACCGGUGUACAAGGCUCUCUAGAUCUGAUCCAGGAGUAUAUUGAUAUCGGUUGUGAUCCCGCGAAGCUCAACCUCGGCUUUGCGUUUUAUGCCAAGUGGUUCACCACUGAUCCCAACUCGAACUGCGCUACCAACCCAAUUGGCUGCCAGGUUGUCAAGCUUGAGAAUGAUGAUGGUAGCGACAAUGGCAAGUCUGGCGCUUUGACCUUCGAAGCUAGUUCUGUUGCACCCGCUCCUGCAAACCUAGCUGUUAGCACCAAUGGCAGGUGUGGUUACUCAGAGGGCACAAAAUGCCCCGCUGGCUCAUGCUGCAGCCAAUAUGGCAACUGCGGUACCGGUGACGACUUCUGCCAGGCCGGCUGCCUCUCCGACUACGGCACUUGUAAGGGAAUCUCAAUCACCGACUCUUGGCACCGCGCCCAGACAGAUGGCAAGACCGACGAGGAGCUCGGCGGCCAGUACUACUGGGAUAGCGAGGUCAAUCUCUUCUGGACCUGGGACACUGCCGACUUGAUCACCCGCAAGUUCAAGGAUAUUGUUACGGCUAAGAAACUGGGCGGUGUCAUGGCCUGGAGUCUUGGCGAGGAUACUUACAAGUGGGAGCACUUGACUGCUAUUCAGAAUGGUGUUAAGAGCGUUGGUGCCGAGGCUGACGCCUAG